AUGGCUCUGUUCCGCAAUAGCAAAUCCGGGGGUAAUUCCGUAUACGUUCCGAAAUUAGUAUUCCGGUAUAACUUCCGGGGCGUUCAACAUCAUCAGCAGCUAAGAUGAACGCAGCAUCCUCUACUAUGUUCACGAAGAAAAAAAGCACUGGAAAGAAAUAUUGUUGUGUCCCAGGAUGCAGUCAUACAUCUGACAAGAUAGGACCAGAUGGAACAAAAUUUAUACUUCACCGUAUUCCCAUGUCAGAAAAAAAAGCCCAUAUUAAAAAACUGUGGAUUCAGAGACUUAAAAAUGUGAGGGCAAACUUAAUUGUUAAUGACAGUACAAGAGUUUGUAGUGCUCAUUUUGAUGGACCAUUUACACAUGAAUCAAUUCCAACUAUCUUUCCUUCUAAGCCAAUGAAGAAGGUGACUACACGUCGUCCACUUUUUAGAAAAGAAGUCCAUUCAGAAAAUACAAAUACUGACACAGCGGAGUUAGACGAAAAUGAAAAUAUAAAAAUACCAAACAUUAGUAUCAUGAAGGAUCUUAAUAUUGCCUCUGACAUUGACAAAGUAAAUACGUGUUCAUUCAGGACAAGCUGUACACAAACUGAAAUUACUACAUUUACAACCAAUGCAAGUACAUGUACAACAACAGACAAUAUUGAGACAGAUAUCAAGAUCCAUUCUGUGAGUGUAGGCAUUCAGACAGACUUGCCACAAAUAACAAUUGAAAAUGUGAAACAUGAUAAUGCCAAAGUGAGAUUUUACACUGGAUUUGUUAAUUUUAGUGUUUUUUGGAUGUUCUUUUCAGUACUACUUAAACAUGGAGCAGAUAAGCUGAAUUAUUGGGAAGGAGAAUCCCGAUCCAUGGGUGAAAAAUCCUACCAACAAGAAGGAAAUUUAAAACCAGGAAGAAAGCGCUUUUUAAGACCAAUUGAUGAAUUCUUUAUGGUUAUGAUGCGAUUGCGACUAGGACUUCUGCAGGAACAUUUAGCUGAUAUUUUUAGAGUGUCUGAAUCCACUGUUUCUCGUAUAAUGAACACUUGGAUUAACUUUCUAUUUGAUAAUUGCAAAUCAUUAGUAACCUGGCCAACACGAGAACAAAUAGUUUGUAACUUGCCAAAACUUUUCACUGGGCAUCCAGAUACAAGAAUUGUGGUAGAUUGCACUGAAUUUUACAUUGAAAAACCUUCAUCAUUAAAGGCUCAAUGGAUGACAUGGUCUGAAUACAAGCACUCUAACACCUUCAAGGUACUGAUUGGUGUAACACCAAGUGGCAUGGUAACUUUCAUUUCUAGACUGUGGGGAGGAAAUGUGUCAGAUCGUCACAUUGUGCAACAUGAUGAAUUUUUGCCAAAACUAAGCAAAGGGGAUGUAAUUAUGGCUGAUAAGGGCUUCACCGUAGAAGACCUGCUUCCAGCUGAUGUGGGACUAAAUAUGCCACCAAGAGUCUCAACGAAGAAGCAGAUGUCACACCUGGAAUUUUUUAAAACCAAUAGCAUUGCUUCUGCAAGAAUAGUUGUGGAAAUGAAAAUGGAGCAAAUAAAAAACUAUAAUAUACUAAACUCUCGUUUACCAAUAUCUGAGGCUCAUUUAUCAGAGCAAAUGAUUUUCAUUUGUGCCGCAUUUACAAAUUUGUUGCCUCCACUUCUUAAAUAAAACUGUUCAUGUAUUUUGCUUGCUAAUCAUGCCAAUUUAACUUCCAAAAUUUAAAACUUAUUAAGACCAAAUAAUGGAAAUUCCAAGAUAUUCAUAUAUUUUGUAUUUAAUGGUUGUACAUACACAGUGUCAGGGAUGCAACAUAAUCAGUUAAAAUUGUUGUAUACAUUUUUGUAUGCUUAAAAGCAGAAUCGAUAGAAAAAUAUGACUAAAAUUAUAUAUAGUUAUUUUCAGUAUGUCUGUCAUGUCUGUCAUUAAAAAAUAAAACA